UUCCAUGUUGUUUUGAAACAAUGUCCAACCAGUCUUGCAUGAAACAGAGAAAGACGAUUAUACUCAGUGAUUCUGACAGUGAUUCUGAGGAAAAAAGAGCGGGAAACGUGAGUGUAUCUCCCACAAUGGUGGAGUCACACCUGCCGAGGAGCCAUUUUGAGUCCCUGCUGACCAAGAUGAACCAGGACCGACAAGAGGGCCGGUUCUGCGACGUCCAGCUAACGGUCAGCAGCCGGCAUAUUCCCGUCCACCGCAGUGUCCUGGCAGCAUGCAGCCCCUACUUCAGUGGAAUGUUCUCCGGGAAUUUCCUGGAAUCCGACAAGGGGAUGACAACGGUGGACUUGAGUGAUGCAGUAGACGAAAUGACCCACCUGGACACAGUCAUCAGUUCCCUGUAUUCCGGUCAGUUGCAUCUUGACCGCAGCAACAUUGCCCCCGUGACCCAGCUUGUAUCCUUCCUCAUGAUCGACUCCCUCAAGGAACUGUGUGUGCAGUUCCUCAUGAACGACAUCCAGCUACAAACCAGCGUCAACUACUUCGUCCUGGCAGACAUGUACGACAUUGAAGAAGUUGAAAAUUACGCUUUUUCCAUUCUCGAAUCACGAUUUCACGACUACUUCAUUUACCAAGAAGAGGUUUUGCAGGUAUCCCCCCACCAUCUAUGCAUCUUAUUUCAACGAAGUAUUCAGAGAUAUUGUGAUUCGAGUCAGAUCCUGAAACUCCUCUUCUCGUGGGCAGCUUACAAAGAUGUCAGCCGACGUCUCUCCACGGCCAAGGAGCUCUUCCACAGCAUGUGUGUUGGUCUGGAUGAACAGGGACUCAAGGACAUGGACGCCUGGCUGGAAGCUCACAAGGACGAGUCGGAGACGGUAACCAGGGACUUCAGUGAAAUCGUCAAGGGUGUCAUGACCGAUCAAGAGAUGCAGGACGACCCAGUGAAGACUCCUGACGACACUGGGGAAUACUCCUUGCACAAUGGUGCUCAAAGUCUUAACCAAGACUGCAGUCCAUUCUCAGGUUCCACUAGUCUGCUAGUUCCGGAAGAUGGCAGCAGUCGGUCAUCCGGUCCUCCACUGACUCCAACAACUGUUGUCCCCAGCGAGCUGCAGCUGCCCAGUAGACCUGCAGAAUCAACCAAUCCGAUGUCAAGUAGCUUCUCAGAUUGCGUGGUCGUCAUGGCACCAACUCGGGAAGUGGUGCAGAGCAUUCUUGAGGUGGACUUCGACCAGAAGAAGAUUCUGAGUUCAACUUGUCUUGAUGUCAGUUUUUAUAAAUCGGAACAAAAGAUCUGGCUCAAUCUUGGAACAGUCACCUUUCCAGGAAUCCUUGAUGAGAAGAGCAACUGGCGGACUUGUUGUACACAUGAUAAGAUAUAUUUCCUGAGCCCGAUCCGUGGACGGGGCUACCGACUGGAUCUAGUGACUCGGGUCUGGCAGACUCUUGACUGCCGACCAGUCCUGGAAGGUCUGGAGGGGGAUGUCCGCAGUGUCAUUCCAUUGGCCGUUAACAACUCUCUUUAUGUCCUGGCAUCCAAUCGACUGUUGUCCGACACACGGGACCACUAUCAGACUCAGCAACGCUACUACCGUCUCACCGAUCAGCUAACGUGGGAACCAGUGGCCGAGGUGUCACAUGACCACUACAGCACUCCCCUGUCGCUUAUAUCGGUCUCGGGAUCGAAGAUAUAUGUUGUCAAAGCAGACAUUGCUGUAAACGUCGCCAAGAACUUGCUGAUUAUCAAAGAAGGUCACACCUUCGAUACCAGCACGAAUGUAAUUGAAAAAUUCGCAGCUGUUACCUAUGUGCCUUCUCCUGUGCGAGUGAUGGUGAGGGAAGGAACUAUCUACAUCAUCGACGGGGAUGGAUGGAUGCGGGGGUACAACAAAGAGAAGAGCCAGUGGGAGUUCCCUGUUCAGGUUGAUCUGUCAGACAUCCGAUGGUGCCGGGCGUCCAGCAUCGAAGGCCACUUCCCGUGUCUGUCCCACGUUUCAGCAGGAGCUGGGGGAUGCGUUUGGGAGCUGUCAAGCUUUCAACAUCACGCUACGGCACUGUUGGAGGUUGGAGUUGGAAACGGGGGAGGCCUCCACACCAGGAUUCACAUCCCGCCUCCGUAUAAAUACUUCGCUCUCGCCACCGCUGGGAAAGUGUCCAACUCUGUUCUCAAAUGUCUCAGUCGAAGUCACUUUGUGCAUGAUUAGAUGUGAAUCAGUGUCUGCAGCUCAGUGUCUUCCCGAGGCAACGGAGUUUAUUGACUAUAAAAGUCCUGUUUCCACCCUUGCUAAACUAGGCUUAAAUUAUGGUGUUACGUUGUGGUUGGACUAACGAGUCUACAUAUAGUCCAAACAAAAUCAUGUAACGAAAUCGACAGAUUUCGGUCGAUUGCAGGAUUUGCAAAGCAUGUGUACUGACAACAGAUAUUUUCCAAAU